AUGAAGCUCUUGAUCUUAUUAUUGGUGGCUGCUGCAUCUGCUGCCCCACAAGGGUACAACCUACCCACUCCUUGUGGCAGUGGACAAGUGCGACACGUGGAUGGCAGCUGCGUCACACCUCAAGUGAACAGUCGUGUGUUCUUGUAUGAUGCGCCGCCAAAUCAAGUUUCUUCUGGCAAACCCCCGUACAUUCCCAAACCUAAACUGGAACGUAAUAUUGUUUUCGUGAGACUUCCUGAAGCUGGUCAAGGACCAGAACCCAUCGUCGUUCCUCCUCCGAGGCAACAACACGUUUUGUUCGUCCUUAACAAGCAGUCGGAACAAGGUCAACAAGUGAUCGAGGUGCCAGCGCAACCACCAGCGGAUCCUGAAGUGUUCUUCGUGAACUACGCAGAAGGAGAGAACCCAACUCUUCCUGGUGGAGUAGACCUCCAAACAGCGCUGAGUGCUGCUUCUCAAGGUGGCGGUCAAGUCGUAGGAGGUGGCGGCGGUGGAGGUUCUGGUGGCGGCAUCGGAGGCGGAUUUGGAGGUGGAAGUGGAGGUGGAUUUGGAGGCGGCAGUGGAGGUGGAUUUGGAGGCGGCAGUGGAGGUGGAUUUGGAGGCGGCAGUGGAGGUGGAUUUGGCGGUGGAAGUGGAGGUGGUAUCGGAGGCGGGUUUGGGGGUGGAUUCGGAGGUGGAUUUGGAGGCGGCAGUGGAGGUGGAUCCGGUGGUGGAAGCUACAGUCCUCCAAGUCCCUCCACUCUAUACAGUGGACCAUAA